UUGUUUUCGUUCGAAACGGUUUUGCCUUACGCUCUUUCAUCGUCGCCUCACGAAAAAACACAAACCCUCCAAACUCGAAUUCUCUUAUAUCUCAAAGGAAGAUGUCCGUUGCUUCCACUCAUCCAUCUCUGUCCAUCGUCUCGACCCCCAAUGCUCCUGGAGCUAUCGGUCCUUACUCUCAGGCAAUCAAAGUCGGGGAUCUCCUCUUCUGCUCAGGGUGUCUCCCAGUCGAUCCUUCAACUGGCGCCAUCCCUGACGAUGUAGCGGCUCAGACCAAACAGGCGCUGAAGAACUUGAGAGCGGUUGUAGAAGCCGGUGGUUCAGAAUUGGGAAAGGUCGCCAAGACCACAGUUUUUCUUAAAAACAUGAACGACUUCCUUACUGUCAAUAAAUAUUACGAAGACGCGUUCGGCGACCACAAGCCAGCUCGUUCCGCUGUUGAAGUGGCAAGGCUACCCAAAGAUGUUUUGGUCGAGAUUGAAUGUAUUGCGAGCUUGAAAUAAUCCAACUUCAAAUGGCAAGCAAAUGUAAUAGUGGAAUCUGUAGAAUCAGGAAAUAGAAGUCCUUUGUAUCGUCACAAUCAACCCGAAUGCUAACCGAAUUCAU